AAAUAGUUUACAACGUUAGCUUCAUUUUAACUUUGCUUUUCAACAGCAAGGAAGGAAAAGCGAGAAAGAUGGCGUCAUCAAAUGUGCUUGUUAUGUUGCUUGCCAUGGCAACGCUUGUGAAUUUUACUUGUGCUGUAGAGAAUUCAACCCAAAAACAGGGAAUCACCGACAGUCUCACGAAAACACAAGACAGACUCGAAAAGUUUAAUCCUUUUGACCGUUUCAAAAAAUGGCCUUUCCGUAACUUUCACAAUGAGGAUGGAGGCGGAGGUGAUUUUCAUUACCACAAAGUUAAAGGAGAUGGGACGGUUCGUAACUAUCGCGUUGAGGACGGAGGUCUUGGGGACAGAUUCUACCACGAAGUAGAUGGAGAUGGGAACAUUCGAAACUAUGGUGUUGAGGACGGAGGUGAAGGUGACAUAUAUUACCACGAAAUCGAUGAAGAUGGGACUGUUCGUAACUACCAUGUCGAAGACGGAGGUCAGGGUGACAGAGUGUACCAAGAAGUCGACGCAGAUGGGAACGUUAGAAACUACAAGGUCGAAGACGGAGGCCAGGGUGACAUGACAUUUCAUGAAGUCGACGAAUAUGGGAACGUUCGUAACUACCAUGUUGAAGACGGAGGUGAAGGUGACAGGUACUACCACGAAGUCGAAGGUGACGGGAGUCCAUUUCGUAGAAAUUAUUAUUACAACAAUGUACAUGGAGGUAGAAACCGUUUCUAUGACAGUGAAAGCAGCUCCUCCGAGUCUAUGGAUUGGGAUGAUUUUCUAUUCGACUUAUUUGAUUCAUUAUUCUAAAAUCGAGCAUUUCGGAGUGAAGAAAGCCAGGAAGAUUAUUCAGUUUGCUUGUAGAAACUUUUAUUCUGAUUAAAAAGUUAAAUACACUCUUAUAA